AUGUGGCCUUUUCCGGCAUUAUGGAAUACUAUAUGCUUUAUUUUGAGCAUUAAGGUCUUCCCACUAGUCUGGCAUGCCCGAGUCUUCUAUUCAAUGCUCUUCCGCUGGCGCCUAAAUAAAACCCCAAUCCCGCCAUCAACCCUCAAAACCCUAACGAUCUUCCAACCUACAAUUUGGAAAAGCAGUACACCAUUAGGCGAACUCGACUUCCUAGGUCACAAAUCAAACGCAACAUAUCUGACGGACUUCGACGCCGCGCGCGUCUACCACCUCUCCUCGAUCCUGCGAGUGGGAUUGCAUAAAUGGUCGAAUGGGCAGAGUGGCCUUCUUGCUCUUCUUCCUGUUCUUGGUGGUGUGGAGUGUUCAUUUCGGAGGUCUAUUAAACCCGGCCAGAGGUAUGAUAUCGUUACUAGGAUUGUUGGUUGGGAUCAGAAGUGGUGUUUUGUUGUCUCGCAUUUUGUGAAGGAGGGUGUUUUUAGACCGAGAGCCUUUUCGGAUCAGGGGAAGGGAUUGAAGGUGAAGAAAGAAGUUAGGGAUGGAAAUGGGGAUUUGGAGAAGGGGAACUCUGGUGAGAGUGAGAGUGAUGGGGAUGGGAAGGACGCUGUUUUGGCGGUUGUUAUGGGGAAAAUGGUUUUUAAGAAUGGGAGGAAGACGAUUCCACCGGCUGAGGUUUUGAGUGAUUGUGGACUUGUUCCUGCUAUUGAGGAGGGCGCUUCUUUUGGCUCGCGUACUGUGGGUAAGCCUGUUGAUGAUGCUGGUGCUGGUGAUGGCUCUGAGCCGAGGGUGAAUGCCAUUGAUCAGCAAAUGGUCAUUGCGAAGGCUAUUGAGGAAAGACGGUUGAGGGGACUUGAAAUUGCCCAGAGUAUCAACUCAUUGGAUGAAGGGGUUCCUUUUGAUUUGAAUGAGGAUGUUGCUUUUUCGAAGUUCUAG